AACCACCACCUUCACAGCCACCACCGUCACAACCACCAACUUAACCACCACCUUCACAGCCACCACCGUCACACCAACUUAACUACCACCGUCGCUACUCUCGCCACCACCACGACCAGCACUGUCACAACCACCAACUUCACCACAACCCUCGCCACUGUCACCACCACCACCACCACGACCACCACCGUCACAACCGCAACUGCCACCGCCGCCACCUUCGUUCGUUCGCCGCCGCCACCACCACCAAAACCGCCACGAUGUCGGUGUCGGUGCACGAGAACCGCAAGUCGCGCGCGAGCACGGGCUCCAUGAACCUGGCGCUCUUCCACAAGCCAGGCCACGCCGACUGCGUGCUGGGGCGCCUCUGCGCCCUGCGCAAGCGCUCGCUCUUCACGGACGUGGUGCUGCGGGCGGGCGAGCGCGACUUCCCGUGCCACCGCGCCGUGCUGGCCGCGUGCAGCCGCUACUUCGAGGCGAUGUUCGCCGGCGGGCUGCGCGAGAGCCGUGACGGCGAGGUGGACUUCCACGAGGCGAUCCACCCCGAGGUGCUCGAGCUCCUCCUCGACUUCGCCUACACGGCCAAGGUGAUGAUCAACGAGGAGAACGCCGAGUCCCUGCUGGAGGCGGGCGACAUGCUCGAGUUUCACGACGUUCGUGACGCCUGCGCCGAGUUCCUCGAGAAGAACCUCCACCCCUCCAACUGCCUGGGCAUGAUGCUGCUGUCGGAGGCGCACCAGUGCCGUCGCCUCCACGACCUCUCGUGGCGCAUGUGCCUCGCCAACUUCGGCGCCCUGGCGCUCGCCGAUGACUUCCUGUCGCUGCCGUGCGACAAGCUCGCCGAGCUGGUCUCCAGCGAGGAGCUGGAGGUGGAGGACGAGCGCGUGGCCUACGAGGCGGCGAUGCGCUGGGUGAGCCACGACCCCGGGACCCGGGCGGCCCACCUGCCCCGCCUGCUGGCGGGCCUGCGGCUCGCCAUGCUGCCGCUGGUCUUCCUCGCCGAGGUCGCCGGCGACGAGCUGAUCCGCGGGCAGGCGCGCAGCCGCGAGAUGGUCGAGGAGGCCAUGGGCUGCAAGCUGAAGAUCCUGAGGAACGACGGCGUCGUGACCAGCCCCUGCGCCAGGCCCCGCAAGUCCGGCCACGCGCUGCUCCUGCUCGCCGGGCAGACGUUCAUGUGCGACAAGAUCUACCUGGUGGACCUCAAGGCGCAGCAGAUCCUGCCCAAGGCAGACCUGCCGAGCCCGCGCAAGGAGUUCAGCGCGUGCGCCGUGGGCUGCAAGGUCUACGUGAUGGGCGGCCGCGGCUCGGAGAACGGUGUGUCCAAGGACGUGUGGGUGUACGACACGGUGCACGAUGAGUGGUCCAAGGCGGCCCCCAUGCUCAUCGCGCGAUUCGGCCACGGCUCCGCCGAGCUGGAGCACUGCCUGUACGCCGUGGGCGGCCACACGUCCACCGCCGGCGUCUACCCCGCGUCGCCCUCCGUCUCCCUCAAGCAGGUGGAGCGCUACGACCCCGUGGUGAACAAGUGGACGAUGGUGGCGCCGCUGCGCGACGGCGUGAGCAACGCCGCCGUGGUCAGCGCCAAGCUCCGGCUCUACGUGUUCGGCACCGGCGGCUCCUCCAGUGCCACCAAGGAGCGCGCGCCCAAGGUGCAGUGCUACGACCCCGGCGAGAACCGCUGGAGCGUGGUGGCGUCGUGCCCGCAGCCCUGGCGCUACGCGGCCGCGGCCGUCUUCGGCGGGCAGAUCUUCGUGAUGGGCGGCGAGACGGAGCUGUCGGCGGGCGCCGCCUACCGCUUCGACUGCGACGCGGCGGCGUGGACCCGCGUGGGCGGCGACGUCACCGCGAAGCGCAUGAGCUGCCUGGCGGCCGCCAGCGGCGACAAGCUGUACGCCGUGGGCGGCUACUUCGGCACGCAGCGCGGCAAGACGCUCGACUGCUACGACCCGGCGCUGGACACGUGGGCGAGCGUCACCAGCGUGCCCUACUCGCUCAUCCCCACCGCCUUCGUCAGCACCUGGAAGCACCUGCCGGCCUGAG